GUCAAGGUUCUCUUUCCCUUCACCUUUUUUAACCUUUGCCGCAAAUUCAACAGUCAAGGUCCGAUCUAUUAUCAGGUCAAAGUUGGGCAGGACCUUCUUGAUACCUUCCAUAAAUUAGACCCUACUCACCUGAUCUAAGAUUAUCUUAGUCGUUCACUUACUUUUUUUUCUUGCUAGAAAUUCAGCUAGCCUUGUCCCGCAAACAACCUAUCCACUCACCUUUCAACUACCCCACGUAAAUCAGAAAAUUCCCGGUCGCACAAUUACGAACUUCUUAACCUCAAUCUUUAGACCUUCAACAACUUCUUUCUCCCACUAAAAUUCUUCAUCAUAUCGGUCACCUGUCGAGAUUCGUAUAAAUCAAAUAUACCACCACAACUCCCGACGUUUUCAAAGAGUAACCCGAAAACAUGGCUGAUCUCAACUCUUGGGAAGAUGACCCCGCCGCGCAGGAUGACAACCUGUCAAGGCAAACUCAGCAGAUGAACCUCAACAACCAACCACAGAAUCCCGCCGCAGCAACGUUCCGACCCGGCGCUGCUUCUUUCCAACCCACCGCACAAACCUUCCAGCCAGGUCAAGGCUACGGUGGUGGUGGUGGUUACGUGCCUAACUACCAGCAGGGUUACUACGGAGGCCAGAAUUAUUACCCUCAAUAUGGCGGGGCCCAAGGCGGCUACGGUCAAUACGGUGGUGGGGGUGGCCAAGGAUACGGAAAUGUCUACGGGCAAGGUGGAUAUAACCAGGGAUACGGCCAACAACAAUCGUAUGCGCAGUAUCAACAGCAACAACAACAAUCCCAAUCCCAACAGAAGCCCAAACAGCAAAACCAACAACAGCAAGCUGUACCGACUAUCGCCAAGCGAGGCGACCAAAACUCUCCUGCCGCCGCGCCCGCUGCCGACGCGCCUAAGCCUGUCGCCAAACAAGAGGGAGGUACUAAGGUCUUAAGCAUAGGUGGGGACCCACCAAAGCCUAAGACCGCUAAGGUCCUGUCUAUCGGCGUUCCAGCACCACCGAAAGAUGAACCCAAGGCAGAAAAGGCUGAGAAGGAAGCAUCCGCCGAUGCUGGUACCAAGGUGACGGCCGCCAAGGCCAUAGAGAAGACCGGCGAGACUACUAAGUCAACCAAAGGCUCUAGUGGAAAGACAUCACCGACACCUUCUUCCGGUCGCUCGAGUCCUUCGAGGGCAGCCAAGGCCGCGGCUCGCGACGCCGAAGCAGUUGCGAACCAACAAGUUGCAGACGUCGAUGAUGAGACCCUCAAGGAAAUCUACGGAAAAGAACAUAUCAACAUUAUCUUCAUUGGUCACGUUGAUGCUGGCAAGUCGACGCUUGGUGGCUCUAUCCUGUACGCAACUGGUAUGGUUGAUGAGCGUACGAUGGACAAGUACAAGAAGGAGGCGAAAGAUUUGGGCCGAGAGACGUGGUAUUUGUCAUGGGCUCUUGAUUUGACUAAGGAGGAACGAUCCAAGGGAAAGACUGUCGAGGUUGGAAGAGGAUACUUCGAAACCGAAAAGCGGAAAUACAGUAUUCUAGACGCUCCUGGCCACAAGACUUACGUUCCCAGUAUGAUCGGAGGUGCCUCUCAAGCGGAUAUCGGUAUUCUUGUUAUCAGUGCACGAAAGGGAGAGUACGAAACUGGAUUCGAGAAAGGUGGCCAAACCCGCGAGCACGCUAUGCUUGCCAAGACACAGGGUGUGAACAAGCUUGUUGUUGUGAUCAACAAGAUGGACGACCCCACCGUCAAUUGGUCCGAAGAGAGAUAUAAGGAAUGUACCACGAGGCUGGCGCAGUUCCUUAAGGGUACUGGGUACAAUCUGAAGACUGAUGUUUUCUUCAUGCCCAUCGCCGCUCAACAGACGAUGGGUAUCAAAGAUCGUAUCCCAUCAGGACUAUGCCCAUGGUACGAUGGUCCUUCCCUUCUCGAAUACCUCGACAACAUGCAAGCGCUUGAACGAAAGGUCAACGCCCCGUUCAUGAUGGCCAUUAGCGGAAAGUACCGAGAUAUGGGUACAAUGGUUGAAGGAAAGAUUGAAGCCGGUGUUUGCAAGAAGGGCAUGAGUUUAAUUAUGAUGCCCAACAAAGAGAAGGUCGAUAUUGCAGCUCUCUACGGUGAAACGGAAGAGGAAAUCCAAGUCGCUCAAUGUGGUGACCAGGUCCGAAUACGGCUUCGAGGCAUUGAAGAAGAUGAUAUUUCGGCAGGUUUCGUGCUUUGCUCGCCAAAGCGUCUGGUCCACAACGUUUCGGCUUUUGAGGCGCAGAUCAGGAUUCUCGAACUGAAAAGCAUUCUGACCGCUGGCUUCAACUGCGUUUUGCACGUCCACUCCGCUGUCGAAGAAGUCACAUUUUCGGCAUUACUACACAAACUAGAAAAGGGCACAGGCAGAAAGAGCAGGAAUCCUCCGACCCACGCAAAGAGGGGUGAUAGCAUCAUCGCGAGGAUGGAAGUCAUCGGCGGUGCUGGUUCGGUGUGUAUUGAGAAGUUCGAGGAUUACCCUCAAAUGGGUCGUUUCACUCUGAGAGAUCAAGGACAAACGAUUGCUAUCGGAAAGAUCACCAAGCUCAUCACGAACGAGUCAGGUUAGAGACCUAGAGUCGCUGUGGAUGACAACUAAGUGAUAACUGCUAUUUGGUUCACCAAUCAUAGAAGAGGUGGGAGAAAGGCUAUCCUAGGAAAAAUACAAGGCGCUUGCCGCGUGAUAUUUUAUUCACGAUGCCUUUUAUACAUGAGCGAGUAGUUUAGAUCUGGUAGCAGGAUAUGGACCUGCGUGUAUAGACCUGACCGUACUCAAUUAAAAACCAUUCUCUCUCCUAC